AUGAAGCCAUGUAGUUCAACCGCACGGACUAUGACAUUCCGUCCUACACAAAUUGGGCUUUUAAACAGUUUAAAGAGCGACAACGCCUCACUCGAAGUCACCCCACGAGACUCCCUGUUAUUUUCUGGUACCCCGACGCCUCAAACCGAACCAACACAAAUCAAAGUCAAAGAUGUCAAGUCGGAGCUUCAAAUUGACUUGACGACUUUUAAGUGUGUUGUUGUUCAUAUCAUCACCAUGCAAUUAGAUUUACAAACAAAAUUUCUGUUUAAGAAGCCGACGGACGUCCACGAGUUGGACAUCUAUUUGCACGCAUUUUCGGACCCGUCGCGAAACGCGAGAUUACAAAAGAAAGAGAAGAAAGACCAACUGAUCUUACUGGACUAUCGCUUCACUAAAACAGAAACUCCGCCGUCUAAAAAGUCACACUGCACGCCUCCUAAUAAACCCGCAAUGACCCCACCACUCCCUUUCUCAUCACCAGAAAAUAAGCCUUUUGGCAGUAAGUCGAUGUUUAAGUCCGGGUCUCUCCUCACUUCCCCAAUAUCACUCACGCCUCCAAAAAACAUCGCGCAAACCCCACGAAGACCAGUCACUAUCAGUGGAACGCCCAUUCAACAAAUCCCAAGGGUCGUGAAAGAAAAUGUGACAAAGAGUCAGCCGAUAGUCUUGAAGGAAAAGACGUAUACAUCGCCUUUUUUGAAUUUACAGAACAAAUCGAAGUUGAAGCAGACGUCGAUGUUCACCAGUCAGUCGAACAUCUCACAAUUUUUGAAAUGUGAAAACAAAGGGUUUGGCGAUGAUGAAGUCGCAAAGGCAGUGACACCACCACUCGACUCAUUGGACCGAAUUAUCCAUGAAAGGAAUGAAUGGGAGAAGAACUUACCACAACUUCCUUCGAGGAAAGUAGUGUAUCCGUUGAGAGAUGUAGCUUUGAAACAGUACUUAUCUGAAGUUAUAGCGCUUGAAGGAGCAAUGGAUAACGUGUAUGUGUAUGAAUGGUUUGUGGAAAAGAAACAGAGCACGCCAUUCAUGUCGCUUCGACACCCGCGAGUCUGUGGGAAUGUUCUUAAACAGUCGUACAUCUUCUCAACGUGGGCGACUAAAUACGUUGUUAUCAAAGAAAACGUUUUGGUGUAUUUUGCGAGCGAGAGAAGCGUCCAACGACUUGAAGCGCCGAGUGAUGUGUUAGAUUUGCGGGGGAGUGUAAUAGAGGAGAGAGACGGGGAGAUCUCUGUGAAGCUCUUAAAUGGGUCGAUUUACAAUUUCAAAGUAGACAAAGAGUUUGUUAAUGAGUGGGUAUUAGCACUGAAUUAUUGUUCUGUGCUCAAAAAGAAACAACGGAAGUAUAGUGAGUACGAACAAAGUCUUUCCACAAAAGGGAGACUUGAAUUUUCGAAACUCGACGAUUCGGAGGACAAACACGUGUUGAGCAAAUUCACUGCGAUCAAAGAAGAGGCGCGACGCAUAUCGUUGGUGUAUGAAAUGAUGGUGGACAAAACGUUGGACCAAAUGAACACGUUCACGUUAUUUCGACAAUUGGAACUGUUGAAUAUCGAUGACAUCAACUCGAAAACAUUCAUGAACCAAUACUUACAGAAACUGAAAGACUGUGUUAUGAACAACCUCAGCGACACAUUAAUAUUCCACUACUACCAAUUGUUCGAGGAAUUCAUUUCAUUGGCUCCAGUCGUCAAAAAGUUCUUGGAAGUCGCGGAGAUACCAAUUCUGCCACAACGAAGUCGACAAUCGUCCAUGAAUAGGGGUACACGGAUUCAAGCCUCUUUACCUUCGUCACCACUGACACACUCGUCCUCACCAAAACUCGAGAAGAACAUACUAAGAACAACUUACUGUCGACUUUGCGAGAGAGAGGUACAACUGGAUGUGUUGGCCAAACACACGUUCUACUGUAAAAUGUGUUUGGAGAUCUCGAUGAACGAGCCGUCGUGUAAGAAGAGACUGAAAAAUCUGGAGGACCAACUUAUUAAGCAAAAGCAAAUCCAACAAGGCGGACUGAAUUACGACGGAGUCGUCGAACUGAUAGAAACAAUUGGGAACAUCAACGAAGUCAAUGAGAAAACGGUCGAACAGAUGCGGGACGCAGUCAAUAUGUUAGAUGAAGUCACCAUGAAUUCGUGUGAUGUCUGUCUUUCAGUAUUUGCGGGGACCAUAUCGACGUUGAUUAAUCGGCGAAUGCUGCUGAUCCAAAAUUACUUGACGAAGAAUAGCUCGGACAUCUGGAAGUACCUGUCACUGUGGGACGGGGAUAUGCAAGUUGAUGGGACUUGUCCCGUUUCUUUGAAGGAUUUUACCGCGAUCAAGAAGUUCAGUCAAGGCGCCUAUUCGCGCCUUUAUCUUGUUCGUAAAAACACCACCAAAGAUAUCUAUGCGAUGAAAGUAUCUCGGAAAGCGGAUAUGGUGCGGAAGAAUGUAGUUGAUGGUGUUCUUGCGGAGAAACAAAUUCUGCAGCAGUCGGUCAAUCAAAGUGUCGUUAAGCUGUAUUAUGCUUUUCAAGAUGCGUGUAGCUUGUUUCUUGUUAUGGAGUUCUGCCCGGGUGGGGAUUUGGCGUGUUUACUUCGAGAAAUAGAAAUCUUGCCUGAGAGUACUGUGAAGAUAUAUAGUGCAGAGAUUGUAUUAGCACUUGAGUGUAUCCACUCGAUGGGUAUCAUUCAUCGAGAUAUCAAGCCGGACAAUAUCUUGAUUGAUGUGAAUGGACACUUGAAGUUGACAGAUUUUGGGUUGAGUGUAGUUGGGAGUAAGAACGAGCAAAAUGGGUUUUUGGAUAGUCGAAUCUUGUGUACACCAGAUUAUGUAGCGCCGGAAGUUAUCAUAGAAAGGAUGUACUCGAGCGCAAGUGACUUUUUCAGUCUUGGGUGUAUGAUAUAUGAAAUGCUGGUAGGGAUACCCCCCUUCAACGACAAGACUGUGGAGGCCAUUUUUAAACGCAUUCGGACGAAUGACUAUCACUGGCCGAGUCACGACGAAUUUGAAAUUAGCGAAAGUGCGUGCGAUAUAGUAAAUAGGCUUUUAAAUCCGAACGAGAAAAAGCGGUUGAGUGCGCGAGGGGUUGAGGAAGUGAAGAGCCACACUUUCUUUGAUGGGAUUCGAUGGAACUCAUUAUUGAAUGAAAGUCGAGAGGAUAUAUUUGUGCCAAGUCUGACGGGAGACGACGACACGGGUUACUUUUCUAGAGACACUAAAGAAGUCUCACCAACACUCGGAGAGAACUCGACGGGGUUUGGGGGAUUUGACUGUGUUGAUGUGAACAGGCUUGCGGAGAAGAACAUGAACGUCCUUGAAGAGGGGAACGACGCAUAUGGGUUUGAGAGCAACCAAUCUUCGGACUCCUCUGAUAGUCUUAAUGAAGCGACGUUUGCGAAUUAA